CCCGCCGCCGCUCCCCCCACCCCCCGGACACCGCCUCCAGGGAGCCCUCCGGAGCGCCAUGGGGUCCCCCGGCUCCCCCUACCCGAAGCCGGGCGCCGUCCCCGACUACGUCAACUACGACAUCAUCAUCCGGCAUUACAACUACACGGGCAAGCUGAACCCCGGCGCCGAGAGCCAGCUGAAGCUGACCUCCGUCCUGUUCAUCGUCAUCUGCUGCUUCAUCAUCCUGGAGAACAUCUUCGUCCUGCUGACCAUCUGGAAGACCAAGAAGUUCCACCGGCCCAUGUACUAUUUCAUCGGCAACCUGGCCCUGUCGGACCUGCUGGCCGGCGUGGCCUACAUGGCCAACCUCCUGCUGUCCGGCGCCACCACCUACACGCUGACCCCGGCCCAGUGGUUCCUCCGGGAGGGCAGCAUGUUCGUGGCCCUGUCCGCCUCGGUGUUCAGCUUGCUGGCCAUCGCCAUCGAGCGCUACAUCACCAUGUUCAAGAUGAAACUGCACAACGGCAGCAACAGCGUCCGCUCCUUCCUCCUCAUCAGCGGCUGCUGGGUGGUCUCGCUGGUCCUCGGCGGGCUGCCCAUCAUGGGCUGGAACUGCAUCAACGAGCUGCAGAGCUGCUCCACCGUGCUGCCCCUCUACCAUAAGCACUAUAUCCUCUUCUGCACCACCGUCUUUACCCUGCUCCUGCUGUCCAUCGUCAUCCUCUACUGCCUCAUCUACUCCCUGGUCAAGACGCGCAGCCGCCGGCUCACCUUCCGCAAGAACGCGUCCAAGGCCAGCCGGAGCUCGGAGAAGUCGCUGGCCCUCCUCAAGACGGUCAUCAUCGUCCUGAGCGCCUUCAUCGCCUGCUGGGCCCCCCUCUUCAUCCUGCUCCUCCUGGAUGUGGGGUGCAAGGUCAAGACUUGCUCCAUCCUCUUCAAGGCGGAGUAUUUCCUGGUGCUGGCCGUGCUCAACUCGGCCACCAACCCCAUCAUCUACACGCUGACCAACAAGGAGAUGCGCCGGGCCUUCACCCGGAUUAUAUGCUGCUGCAAGUGCCCGCCCGCGGACUCCGGGGGCAAGGUCAAGUGGCCCAUCGUCGGCGGGAUGGAGGUCAGCCGCAGCAAGUCCGACAACUCCUCCCACCCGCAGAAGGACGAGGGUGACUGCCCAGAGACUAUCAUGUCCUCCGGGAAUGUCAAUUCCUCUUCCUAACCCUGAAAGAACCCGGGGUUGGCGGAGGGUGGUCCCGAGCCAAGGCCUCACCCAACAAUCCCCACUCUUUCGUCUCGGAAAGAGGCCCGGCCGGGAGGCCGGGGGAGGGUCAGCGGGGACCAGAGGGCUCCAGGAAUGGAGGGAGGGAAGGAGCCGGCUGGUGGUGCCACCGUCGAGGCCGUGGCGGCGGGUGAUGAUACCGCAGCUCGACUUCCGGCACGUGGCAUCCUGGCGAGGGUGCAGACGCCCUUGGAAGGAUGGAACGUUCUGGCUCCAGAUCCAUUUCCUUGCCCCCCCGGAGCCCGUUUUGACUUUGCACUGAGACUGAGGUCCAGCAUCGUCAGACCACCGAAGGUCUCGGCUGGCAGCUCCUCCAAGACUCACUCGCUAGACGUCCCCACGUGAAAGCAGCUCCAUGUCUGCAUCGUUGGGUUGGGUCUCGUGGGGGGUGGAGGAGGGAGGAGGGGACGAGGGAAACAUGGUGUCUUCCUGGCCCCUUGCUGUGGGUUUAGCACCCCAAGCCGGCAUCUCCCAUCUCUGCUCAGAGCUCUUGGAGAACAGUUUGGUCCUUGCCAGGGAAUGGAACCGAUUUCCUCACAGACCUAACGGCGAUCACCCAGCACGAUGUGAUUCUAGAUGGUGCCGGGUAGAUGGGUGGCAUCCUUUUCCAGAGAAGGAGUGGAGGUGGUUUUCAGACAAAGGGAAAUUCCUUUCUCCAAGUCUUAGGUCAUAGGUUCUGUUCUGUGGGAUCCUCUUGGAGCCUCCUUCCCUGGUUUCCCCUAACUAUCGGGACAGUUAUUCACGGGGAGGGCCAUCGCCUAAACGGAGCCCCGGUUGGAGUUCUUAGGCAGGCAGCGGUUUCUCUCCAACUUGGAAACCCGUGGGACUCUGUCCUCGGUUUUCUUCCCAAGUUAAAAACUUACUGGAAAGUUGAAAUGCAGUUCAUUUGAAUUUUCUACUUGAGUAGUUUCACUCUGAUUUCGAAAUGCACUUGUCUAAGAAAACGUAAGGUCGUUCGGGCGCGUCGUUUUGAGGUUUGUGGUGGAUAAGAGUGUGCAGGGCGGUGCCGACAGAGGGAGAUUCGAUCAGUGUGGGCAAAGGACUACUUUUCUGUGUCUCUGAAUGUAGCUGUUACGGCAUGGGUUCUUUUACUGGAUAUUUCUAACUUUGGGUUAACCAAGUUGAAGGAGAAAAUGCUAACAACAUGCAGGACCCUUUGUGCCUAUAGAGCAUUACUAUCACAUACAGGGGAGCCUGUAGUAGCUCAGGCCAGUCAUUGGAGAGGUGUAGAAUUGUUGAUUUGUAAAAAGAAAUAUAUAUAUAUAUCUAUCUAUCUAUCUAUUAUACAUGUGUAUAAAAAGAUAGGUAUAUAUCGCUGCACCUGUAGAUUUUCAGUGCAAUUAAACUGAGAUUGUUUUUCUUGUUAAAAUAGUAUUUAAAGUGUUUCUGACUCUUACGUUUCAAUUUGCACAUAGCUUUAUCAACUUUUGAACAUUAAUAAACUGAUUUUUUUUUUAA